GGCUGCUCACGUUUCACGUGGUUCGCAUUUUUCAAAUUAACGCAGUGCUCGACAUUCCAUUGUAAAUUCAAUGGCUUCCAGCAAUAAAACUGAAGUGACGUGUGCCUAUUUCCUGCAGACAAAGAAAAGAUAUUGCCGAAUGUCAGUUAAGACCGGACGCAAGUUCUGCGGUGAGCAUGCCUCUUUGGAAGUGGCCAAUCAAGUCUGCCCUACAUCAGCUGCCAAAUAUGCACGAACGCCCUGUCCCUACGACCCCAAUCAGAAUUUUAACCCAAAUACAAUGUGAUCUCAAUAUCGGAGAUACAGAGGGUGGCCUGCUUCAAACAGCUUUCGUCGCCAUUUACAUGAUAUGCGCCCCCGUAUUUGGCUACCUGGGUGAUCGAUACUCUCGAAGGCUUAUCAUGGCUGCCGGUAUUUUCGUCUGGAGCCUGACAACAUUACUUGGCUCUUACAUGACAAAUUUCUGGGCUUUCCUGGUCAUGAGGAGCCUUGUAGGUGUGGGAGAAGCUUCCUACUCAACCAUAGCACCUACCAUCAUUUCAGACUUAUUUGUUGGCGAUCCUCGCUCAAAAUUCCUAGCCCUAUUCUAUUUCGCAAUUCCGGUCGGGAGUGGACUAGGUAACAUCUACAUCGUUGGCUCAGAAGCAUCUAGAGUGAUGGGAUCGUGGCAUUGGGGCCUUCGAGUCACGCCAGUUUUCGGGGCCGUAGCCGUGCUCCUGAUUUUGCUGGUCGUCCAGGAUCCUCCACGCGGCGAAUCUGAAGGCGCCCAUCUUUCAGCCACGAGUUGGUGGGACGACAUUAAAUCACUCGGCAAAAACAAAAGCUUUGUGAUGUCCACAGCAGCUUGCACAGCGGUGGCCUUCGUCGCUGGAGCUCUGGCAUGGUGGGGACCCAAGUUUAUCGCAUUGGGUUUGGCCACUCAACAAGGUCACCAGGAUGUUUCAUUGGAUGACGUAUCGUACAUUUUCGGCUUGAUUGCCAUGAUCGCUGGUUUACUGGGCGUUCCCCUUGGAUCUUUCCUCGGCCAAAAAUUGCGCGUCCGCUAUCAGCGGGCCGAUCCCAUCGUUUGCGGCAUGGGUAUGCUGUUUUCCACUCCGCUCAUGCUAGCUGCGUUGUUUAUCGCAGGAUGGAACACCACCACUUGCUUUGUGGUCGUCUUCUUUGGUCAAGUCCUGCUCAAUUUGAAUUGGGCAAUUGUGGCUGAUAUCCUGUUGUAUACGGUAAUCUUAACGCGACGAUCAACCGCUGAAGCGUUCCAAAUUCUAUUUUCACACGCACUGGGUGACGCCGGCUCUCCUUAUUUGAUAUCUCCGAAAUUCUGA